AAUUCUUGCUCCGAGGGUAAAUAUCCCUUUCCGAUAAAAACGCCAAUCGAGGAGCGUUCUGUCGCCCUGGAUUCCGCCGAAAAUCGUCUUUAAUCUCGUGCAUCCUCAAUAACAGAGGCAAAAUGUUGAUGCCCAAGAAGAAUCGUGUUGCUAUCUACGAGUACCUCUUCAAGGAGGGAGUCAUGGUGGCUAAGAAGGACUUUCAUGCACCAAAACACCCUGAGCUGGAGACCAUCCCCAACCUCCAGGUCAUCAAGGCUAUGCAGUCCCUGAAAUCCAGAGGUCACGUGAAGGAGCAGUUCGCCUGGCGCCACUACUACUGGUACCUCACGAACGAGGGUAUCGAGUACCUCCGUGGGUACCUCCACCUUCCCCCUGAGAUUGUCCCAUCGACCCUGAAGAGACAGCCGCGACCUGAAACGGCGAGGCCGAGGCCAGCUGCAGGUGGCAAAAGCGAAUCGAGACCGACUGAGGAUCGUGCUGGAUACAGGCGUGGCCCAGGUGGUCCACCAGCUCCUGGAGACAAGAAGGCUGAUAUCGGCCCUGGUACAGGGGAUCUCGAAUUCCGUGGUGGAUUCGGACGUGGCAAGGCUCCACAGUAAUUUCUAUUCGAUUUGUAUCAUGUAAAAUAAACGAAAAAAAUGAAAAAAAAAUUAACAUUGA